AUGGCAAUGGCUUCGAAAGAGAUGUGCAGCGCCUACAGUGAGAAAUUUUUAACGUGUCAUAUAUGCCUGGAGGCAUAUAAAGACCCGAGAGUGCUCCCUUGUUACCACACGUUCUGCCUGGGUUGUAUUGCUGACCAUGCAGCCAAGAAUGGUGUACAGGACAAGUUUUUCUGUCCCGUGUGUCGCCAAGAGGCCCCUGUACCACCUGUCGAUUUCUCAGUUAACCCAGCUAUUAUACGAGAACAGUUGUGCCACGUAUUAGAUGAAGCUCAAUACUGCAACAAACACGACGGCGAGUUUUUGACAUUCUAUUGUGAAGAAGAUGACACCGUGGCAUGUAGAGAUUGUAUUUUGGAAACUCACAGCAAACACAACUUCAAAAAACUAGAAGAAGUGGCGAAGGUUCAACGACAUUUAAUACAAGAGAAGCUAAAAUGUCUCCCUUCUGAGAAACUAUCUCGUUUUGAAAACGCACAAACGGCCAUUGGGCGGACGGAAGAGAGGCUGAUAGAAAAUCAGGCCAAAGUUUUUGGUUUGGUGGAUUCCCAAAAAGUAACUAUGAUAAAGGAAAUAAAGGAAAACAGUAAAGCUUUUGACAUGGGAAUCAAAGUAUAUUAUCAGCGAGUAGAAAAAGAUGUACGUCAACAGACGAACGCUUAUUUAACAAGUGUCAAACAGCGUUUAGAAACGUAUCGUACAGAAAAACAGUCCAAUUACACCGGAAUAGAAAGACAUAUAGAUGACAAAAGGAACGAAAUACUAGCAGAAGUUAAGGCACUCACCACCACGCAGAUGAAGGCAUUAGAAGCUGAAAAGGACAAACAAGAGAUGAACAAGAUUUCCAUUCAGAGCAUUCGUGAUUUCGCUCAGCAACUUAUGGACGUCGGUUCUGACAUUGAGGUCAUGACCCACUCUAAAAAACUCCAAACUAGAAUACAAGAGUUAAAGACAGUAGAACCAGUCUUUGAUAUCAAGUUCACCGACAUAACAUUUACACCAGGGCAAACAAAAAUGGAGGUUGGACUACUGUGUCCCGAAAUCCCUGAACCACGGCCGCUGUCCAUCAAAACGAGGUCCAUUACCGCCAAAACAUACCGGGAUCCCUUUGCAUGUUUUGGAAGUUUGGCACAAGCGAUAGAGUUCCCUAAUGAAUUGCGGCAGUUUCAGAAACCCACUUGGCUUGAGAAGCCGUUGCCAACCAUUCGUUUUUAUAUAGAGGCUAAGAUUUUGGAUAUUCGGUGGACGGGUGGCGGGUGCUUUUUAGUUGUAUUUGCAACUCUAAUUGGUUAUAUGGCAUGGGGAUUUUUUGGUAAUACCAGUCCUGAAACAGUAUACGUAUUCUCCAGCACAGGCCAAUGUAAUCGUAAGAUCAGUAUAGGGGCGUGGUGUAUCACUACAGCCA